AUAUAUAUUUCUAUCUAAACUUUACACACACAAAUUUUAAAUUUAUUUCUAACUUUUCGCUAAAAUAAAUUUGAAAUUCUAUAACUAAAAAUGGGCAUCCAAAGCUUUUACAACAGCUUAAAGCAGAAAAUCCAAGGAUCUUCAAAAAUGGAAAGGAAUGAACAAUACGAAGAAAAGAUCAAGAAGCCACCUCAAAUGCAAAAUAUUGGCGAGCAAAUACAACUAAUGCUGCAAUCCAAAUCCUUUGAAAGUGCAUACAAUACCGCCGCCCCAUUUCUCUUUGCAAGUUUGGGGGCGUGGCCAGGCUAUUGGCUUUUCCGGGGAAUGGAUUAUCAUGUACAUCGAUCGCAUAUUCCAUUGCCCAUCUAUAUUAGACAGACCUACUAUCAAGCCAAAGUGGUUCAGUUAUUUAUUAUUUUGGCUGGAACUUAUACUGUGUUCAGAAAUAACAGUCGCCUGCGAUUAUUGAACACAAAUGGCGUGGUAGACUCAUAGUUCCUUGAAUAACUUUCUAUAGAUGCCCAAAUGCCUUUCCUUAAACUGAUCUAAGAAUAUCUGGAAGCCGAACUUUUAGUUUAACAAACAUAAUUUGAAUAUAAAUAAAUUCUAGAAUUAUUUUCUA